UUAAUAUAUUUGGAAAUCUAAUCUUUCUCUUCCACUUAGAACAAUCGAUUCGACGAGGUUUUCUUGAUUUGUUCCUCCUUUUUUAAGGUGAAGCAGACUAAAUGCAGCAUAUUUUUGGGUAUCAAAGAGUGGGCUGUAUUGUUCUGCUGCAUUUUCAUGACAGUUCUUGAACUAUUUACAAAAUCAUUUCUCAAUGGGAGGAGCUUGUUCAAGGAAGAGAGACCAACAGGUCAAUGAAGACACUGUGCAAAGAGGGGUCUCUGGAAUAUAUUCCAAAAGUGGCAGCUCAAAAUGGAUGGGAACCUUGUUUCAUCGGUCUAGUGUAGAUAUUCUGCAGGGAAGAGGCAAAUGCCCGUCCCUUAUGGAACUAUGUAUUCAUAAAAUAUGUGAGGAUAUCAAUAAUUAUAGCACUUUCUCUAUACUACCAAGGGAUAUAAGUCAGCAGAUCUUUAAUGAGUUGGUAUAUUCCAACCGUUUGACUGAUGUUUCUCUUGAAGCUUUUAGAGAUUGUGCUCUCCAGGAUAUUUGUUUGGGAGAAUACCCUGAAGCAAAAGACUGUUGGAUGGAUGUAAUUUCUUCCCAGGGUUCAUCUUUGUUAUCAGUAGAUCUUUCUGGUUCUGAUGUAACUGAUUCUGGGUUGGUUCUUCUCAAAGAUUGCACAAACCUCCAAGCCUUGACUUUCAAUUAUUGUGACCAGAUUUCAGACCAUGGGCUAGAACAUAUUAGUGGUCUUUCAAACUUGACAUCUUUGAGUUUUAAAAAAAGCAGUGCCAUCACUGCUCAAGGAAUGAGUGCUUUUGCUGGCUUGGUUAACUUGGUAAAGUUGGACCUAGAGCGAUGUUCAGGUAUUCAUGGUGGACUCAUUCAUCUUAAAGGUUUAUUGAAGCUUGAGUCUCUUAAUGUCAGAUGUUGUAAAUGCAUUACGGAUGCUGACAUGAAGCCUCUCUCAGGGCUUACAAACUUGAAAGAAUUGCAAAUUUCAUGCAGUAAAGUUACAGAUUUUGGAGUCGCUUACUUAAAAGGUUUGCAUAAGCUUGUUCUGUUGAAUAUGGAAGGAUGCCCUCUUACCGCAGGAUGCUUGGAGUCUAUUUCAGCUCUGGUUGCCCUGUCAUAUUUGAAUCUAAACAGAUGUGGUCUAUCUGAUGCUGGAUGUGAGAAGUUUUCUGUACUUGAGAAUUUGAAGGUAUUGAACUUGGGGUUCAAUAAUUUCACAGACAAAUGUUUGGUAAACCUGAAAGGUUUAACUAAUUUGGAGAGCUUGAACUUGGAUUCGUGUAAGAUUGGUGAUGAGGGUCUAGUUAAUUUGGCAGGUCUUCUGCACUUGAAAAGUUUGGAGUUGUCUGAUACUGAAGUUGGAAGCGCUGGGCUCCGUCAUCUCUCUGGUUUGAUUAAUCUGGAGAGUAUAAAUUUGUCAUUCACCAUGGUCAGUGACGGUGGUCUAAGAAAAUUGUCUGGUUUGACGUCACUCAAAUCACUAAAUCUGGAUGCUCGCCAAAUCACAGAUACUGGGAUUGCAGCUCUUACAAGUCUUACUGGGUUGACUCAUCUUGAUCUUUUUGGUGCUCGUAUAACAGAUUUUGGAACAAAUUGUUUGCGAUGCUUCAAGAAUCUUCGCUCUCUAGAGAUAUGUGGUGGAGGUUUGACUGAUGCUGGUGUGAGGAAUAUCAAAGAUAUGGCUUCUUUGACGCUACUAAAUCUGUCUCAAAACUGCAGCCUCACAGAUAAAACCUUGGAAUCGAUUUCUGGAUUGACUGCAUUGGUGUCUCUGAAUGUUUCAAAUUCCCGUAUCACUAAUGCGGGGUUGCCCCAUUUGAAGCCUUUAAAGAAUUUAAGAUCAUUAACAUUGGAGUCCUGCAAGGUGACUGCAAGUGAAAUUAAGAAGCUUCAGUCCACUGCUCUUCCUAAUCUGGUUAGUGUUCGACCUGAAUAAUUCCAGAAACAUCAGAAGUAUGUAAAUAGCAUGGAAGGACAAUAUAUGUAUAUAGUUUUGAUUAUAAACAUAUCUUAGUACAAUAACCAAAGUUGAAGAUGCUUGAUCAAGUUGUACAUAUGGAAGACUGGGUUAAGAGGUGUAAAUAUCACUCACUGGGUUAUGGGAGGAAGAGGGAUGCUGCUCUGUGCUUGUAUGUGAAGCUUUCUUCUAUUGUGAUCCACAGAAAAGAAAGUGUAGAUAUGCUUCCUUGGCAUGAUGUGCAAAUGCCCCUUUGGAACAAAGGAAAUUGUAUAUAUUUACUGAUGUUU